AUGAUUGAUAUUAUCAGUAAAAAGCAACUGAAUAAGUGCUUGGAAUUCAAAGAAAAGAUUAUCAAUUAUUUGCUCUAGUUCCAUUAAAUGAUGAAGUACUAAGGCAAGAUGUCAUCGGAAACAAUCCAGAAAUUGCUAUUAGGCUAGUGGAUUCUGGUAAAUCAUUAUUUCCCCUUACCAACUAUAGAACUUACGAUGAGUAGCGUUGAGGAGGUUAUGAGAUCUAGAGAUAAAUACAAGUCGAUGAUGCAAAAGACUAAUGAGGCAUUGCAGGCAUAUGUUGAAGAGAUUAAAAGGAUGAGGAAAUUCUUACUUGAAACUGGAGGAGCUGCUGAUAUCGAUGAUGAGUAUAUCUUAUAUUGGUAAUUUAUGCUUUAGAGCUAAAGAAAGUAUAUUAAAGAAGGCUAUGUAGAAACUUAACUUGAAAACUCAGAGAACUUGAGACUUGAAACCCAGACUACUAUUGAAACUUUGAGAGAAGAAUUUGAUCUUCUAGUUAAGGAAUUAGCCAAAUACAAAAAGAAGGAUAGUGCUGGUCCAUCUAAUGCAGAUUAAAAAGGAUCUCCAUCUUAACAGUAAAAUCCUAGCAACAAUUUGAAUAACUAAAAUUUUGGGAUGAAUGAGAACUAUGCUCCAUCUAAUAACAUCAGAAGUGACCAGAAAAACAAAAAAGAUUCUUAAUCCUCUAUUAUUGGUACUUCUAAUGCUCAAUAAAGUAAAAAGGACUAAGAAGGAAGUAAUUAGAAUUCAAAAGGUGCUCCAAUAGGUGUACCAAAACUGAAACUUGGAAAGUGA